AUGACUUCAGAGAAGCCUGCCUCUCGUUUUAUCGAGACGGGCGUGCUCCAGCCGCCCAGUCCGACCAUGGACUCUGCCACGCUCAAGAGGCUUGAAGCUGGUGACCAUGGACCGCCUUCACCUGCUGCCCAGCUACCUUCGUUCAUGAUGCAGCAGAAAUCUCCAGAGCUGAAGAGAGGACCGCUCACGAGAUCUUCGCACAGCUCCUACUCGGGCACGCCAGCUGUGAUGCAGAUUCCCGAUGCCACGGCUGCGGAUCUACCAGUUGUCGCAAAGUACAUUGCUCGUCGAGCAACUUUACUAGGUUGGUUCGAUGAACCUGCCGCUGCUGCUAUGACUAGUGGCUGGUCAUCAACAUGUAUUGCGCUCAAGAAGCCUGAUGGCUCUUACCUCUACAAUCCAGAUGACCCAAGCCCUGACCUAGCGGCAGCCAUCGGUCGCAUGAACGAGGCUGCUGUCGUCUCAAUGUCGUCUGAGGUGACCAGCGCAGUUCUCGAUACCAUCAAGCCUGAGCAGGCGUGCCUUGUCAACGAAGACACUGGUGCUCGCAUUCCCAUCGUUGCAACCCUCAAUGAUAUCCAUGACUCACUCGUGCACCUCACCAGCGCAUGCAUCGUUGUCCAAGAGCGAUGCGUGCUGAUUUGGUCACACGAGGCGAGAACCGUCCUCAAUGUUGCACACAAUGUUGAGAAGCAGAUGUUGGGUUUUAUCGUUGGUCCCAACAUGCCCCAAGGUCUGCUGGCCCAGACCGAGGAGCAUUCCGUUGAGAAUUAUCACACGCCCGUUCGUGGUGCGAUUGACGAGAACAACGAAGUCUACCAGGCCGCCAUCAAAGUCGAGGAGGGCGGCGAUGACGACGACGGUGACAUCGAGGGUAAAGCGCUCAAGCGUCCCACUCUGCUUAUUCAUUCUUUCAGAAUCGGUAUUGUUAUGAUCUUGGUUAUUCUGACCCAAAGUAUUCAGCUCAUCCGACAAUGGUCUUGGGAUGGUGAUUACAAGCGUUUUGCAUUGGCUGCUGUCAUUCCUCCUCUCAUGAUUCUGUCGUUGUUCUUCUUCAUCGUUGUCGUCAGUAGUGUCUUCCAGCUUCUUCUCCCAGCUGGAAUCUGUUUGAAGAAUUCAAAGUUCCACUCUGCCAUUAAGCCCAACCCCAAGCGAUACAAGGACUACCAGCUUCCACACAUCACUGUUCAAAUGCCUGUCUACAAGGAAGCUUCCGUCUACAUCAAUGACGACGGUAUGCAGUGCAUUCAGCCUGAACUCGCCGCCGCCCGUAAGCAGUACUAUCGCGAGAACGGUAUUGGCUACUGUGCCCGUCUUCCCAACAAGAAGAGCCCCAAAGGCAAGGGUGCUUUCUCUUGGUUCAAGCGUUCUCCUCCUGUGGACCCCGAAGUCGACAACCAAGAUGAAAGCUCUCGUUCUCCUCAGGGUCGUGCCAAUGCACUUGGCUUCGAGAGAAAGGGAAAGUUCAAGAAGGCUAGUAACAUGAACUACUGCCUUGCCUUUUCCAACCGAGUCGAAGAUGAGAUGCUGAGGCUCACUGAUCUUGAGUGUCAGAACCGUGGCUGCAACUACGAGGAAUUGAGCGCUGAGGAUGACGAUCGUCUUUACGAACAGGCUCUGCAGAACAUGGUUGAUGCUGAUGAGGGCAAGACCUGGGCUGAGGGUAACAUCCGUAUGGGUGAGAUUAUUCUUCUUAUUGACUGCGAUACCCGUCUCCCCGUCGACUGUCUUCUUUACGGUGCUCUUGAGAUGUACGAGAGCCCCGAGGUCGCUAUUUUGCAACACGGAUCAGGCGUCAUGCAAGUCGCCCACAACAUUUUCGAGAACGGUAUCACAUACUUCACCAACGUCAUCUACACAGCUAUCAAGUACGGUGUUGGUACCGGUGAUGUCGCUCCUUUUGUCGGCCACAACGCUUUCCUUCGCUGGAAGGCUGUUCAGAGUGUCGCGUUUGUUGAUCCUUCAGACAAGGUCACCAAAUGGUGGUCUGACGCGCACGUCUCUGAGGAUUUCGACAUCAGCCUGAGGGUUCAGAUGGCUGGUAUGGUUUGUCGUCUGGCUACCUACCACAACGGUGGUUUCCAGGAGGGUGUUUCUCUGACCAUCUACGAUGAGCUGAACCGAUGGGAGAAGUACGCCUAUGGAUGCAACGAGCUUGUGUUUCAUCCUUUCUACCAGUGGAUCUACAAGGGCCCUGUCACCAGGCUGUUUCUCCGAUUCCUCUGGAGCAACAUGCCGGUUUCUAGCAAGAUUUCCAUCAUCGCCUACAUCUUCACUUAUUACGCCCUUGCUGCUGGUCUUCUCCUAACGAUGAUCAACUACGUCCUCGUCGGUUUAUUUUUCUACGACCUCGACCAGUUCUACAUGCCCUCAUGGGGCAUUUGGGUCUCGCUUCUAGUCGUGUUUAACGGCAUCGGAACGGUCGCGACCAGCAUGACUCGUCACCGUCUCAAGGAAAAGUCGUUCUGGACGGCUAUCCUCGAAGCAGCCAAAUGGCUUCCCUUCCUCCUUCUCUUCUUUGGUGGCAUCAGUAUCAACUGUGCCAAGGCUCUUUUGUGUCACGCCUUUUCCAUCAAUAUCGAAUGGGCGUCGACAUCCAAGGAGCUGGGUCCUACAGGUAUUUACAUCGGUCUCAACAAGAUGAUGCACCGAUUCAAGUGGACAUUCAUUAUUUGCUUCGCCCUCUCCGGUGGCAUGAUUUAUAUGGCCAUCGGUGCUCCCUGGGGCUGGACUAUUGCGCCUGGGGAGUUUUCAUCUGGUACAUUUGCUAUCGUGCCGCUGGCUGUACAGAUUGGCUGCGCCUUUUGUUUGCCGCUCUUCCUCGGCUUGACAUAA